GAAGACUUUUGGAACAAGAAGGUAAAGGAAUUAUGGGAAGAAUUAGCAGGGGAAAUGACAAAUAGUGGCACAAAUGAGAAAGCUGAAUGUAAAGAUUUGGAUAAUCCGUCUUCCGUAGCGGCAUGCAAAUUUUUGCAUGCCGGCUUCGACGCACUGUACAAGACGACGGCGGGGGCGCCGCCGUCAGGCGGCGGCGCCGCCGACCUCUUAAAGAACAACCCAUCGUUUAGACAAACGAUGGGUUGUUUUUUACUUCAUUCAUAUGCAAAACACAUGAAAGAAAAAGCAACUUGUCUUAUUGAUGAUGGUAUACAAAAGGCAUUUGACACAGCUGGGCAGGGUAACAAUGCUGGCAGUGGUACUGAUAUUCCAUGCAAAUGGGAAAAGGAUGACAGUACUUGGGAAGGUUGCCUUGAAAGCAUUAACAUAGACGGCGCAGCUGGCACUACGGAGAAGGCAAAUAAGAAAGUGGAAGAAAUCGUGAAGAGUGAUACCGACAACAUAAAGAAAAUGGCAGAGGAAGUAAAUAAACUAGACUUAUGUCAACGUGUCCAAUGUGUUACCGACCGAUGGAGGAAAGAGAGUAAAGGCAGAACUGCGCAGACACCACGUGAAUGGGAUGAAGUGUGGGAGGAAGUCAAAGGACAAAUCCCCAAACUGGGCGAAGCCUUCUCGAAGGCAACAACUACGGAUAAGUCUAACCUUGAUCAAUACUGCAGUGGUCUGCAGAAGGAUAGUGAAGGAAAGGAUGCUUGCCUCCUUAUAGCAGCAGGAUUAAAAAGUCUCUACGACAUCCAAGACCCCAACGAUGCCGUUACGGCAUCGUUCAAAAGAACGAUGCAAUGUGUUUUAUUAAAUGCCAUUGCAGAUAAACUACAAGACAACAACUUUCCAUGUAAGGAUGAGAAGAAUGUAGAGAAGGGAAUAGAUUAUGCUUUUAACAACAGUAAUAAUGAUAUUAAGAGUGGGAGUAAGUGCAAUGAUAAUGAUAAGUGUUUUACGUGUCCGAGGUUUACGGACUAUGCCCAAUGCCAAAUUAAAACAGAUGAUAGCAGCCCAACGGAAGAUACGAAGUUAAAAACCAAAGUAGAUGGAAUGCUCAACGACCAAAACGGCGGAAGAAAGAAGGAAAUGGAAGAAAUUUGGAACCAAGCUAUAAAGGACAUAUGUAAACCGUGUACUGGGGACAAGAGCAGCAGCGGUGACUUGUGUAAGCAGCUGAAGUGUGUAGGAAAGAAGUGGGGAGCAAUUAGGCUUGAAGGAGAGCCCAGCUCGGCACGACUAAAUAAUGACUUUAAUUGGAGAUUAGGGGAACUCCUGGUUGGCAUGAAGGACAAGACAACUCAGAAUGCUCUUGGCACUCAUUGCAACGACAGUACUUGGGGCGAUGACGCCCACGGCACCGCAAACAAAGCUGCUUGCAAGCUCGUUGUGGCAGGGUUAAAGCAUAUUUCAAGUAUUCAGCAUGAGUAUAGCACGGAGAACGGGAAAAAUCGGAAAAACAGAAACCCCUUCGAUCACCAAGACAUUCAGCAAGUCCUCUCUUGCUUAUGGUUAAAGAGGGUCGUUAAGGAAAUGAAAGAUAGAAGUGUAAUCUGUGACAUAUCCGAAGGGAUAAAAAAGGGCUCCAGAGCAUGGAAAGAAAUUAAAGGAACUCAUUGCAUAAAGGAACCUUGCAUUGAAUGCAAUUUAGAAGACGGCGAGAUGAAUUAUGAUGAAUGCAAAAUUGGCAAUGACAAUGCCCAUGUGAAGCCUAAGUUGCAACCAAUACUCCAGAAUACGGAUAGGAGUCCACAACUUACUGCCAUAUUGAAGGACUUAAAUGAAAUAGAAACCCCUUUCUGCAGUCGUCUCCAAUGUAUAGACGCUCGAGCUCGAGCAUCCACAAAUUCG